AUGAUUUGUUCAGGGUCAACACAAGAAAUUACAAAAGGGAAAGGCUUCAAAAGGAGAGAGACUCCAAAGUCAGUUGAUCACCUGCAGGAGGCCAAGGUCCAGCUAACUGAUGUCCAGCUCUGCAACAGCAGUGACUGGUAUGCAGGGAAAAUCCACACCCACAACGUGUGUGCUGGUUACCCACAGGGUAAUGUCGACACCUGCCAGGGUGACAGCGGUGGUCCUCUCAUGUGCCAGGACAACAAUGCUGACCACUGGUGGGUUGUUGGAGUGACCAGCUGGGGAAAAGGCUGUGGCAGAGCAAUGAGGCCUGGAAUCUACACCUCCCCUCAGUACUUCUAUGACUGGAUCCUGGCCCACAUGGGGCUGAGCCCAUUUGGAAGUGCUUCCUGAACAGCAGGGUGGGCAGGAUCCAGGGCACAUUGCAGUGCACAGCAAGUGUAUCCUGCUUGGGCAAUGCCUGCUGAUCCAA